AGGCUAACGGCGAGCUUCCGUUCAUACCGGUUCUCUUUCCUGGUUCCGGGAGCCCCCGGGGGCCAGGGAGGGGAGGGUUGCCUGCAGGGAUCGGGGCAAAUACCCAGAGAGGGAAGGCGUGACUUCCGCGUCCCUCCGGAAGUGACGCGACAGUCGCGGCCGCCGACAGGUGGAACGGCAGGUGGGUUCAGGUGCCAGCCUGGCCCGGACCGACUGUGGGACCGGCGCUUCCGGUGAGCCACAGAGGCUGCUCCUAGGGCCUGGAGACCCGUGGGCGGCUCUAGGACCUGCGCCCCUCGCCCUGGCCUGGAGCCCCCCCCUGUUCUUAUUCUCUGUGCCCCUGCCGAGCUGGGCCGUUAGCCAGCCCACCUCAGCUCUCGGAACCAUGUUUGCAGACUUGGAUUAUGAAAUCGAAGAGGAUAAACUCGGGAUCCCUACGGUGCCUGGGAAGGUGACCCUGCAGAAGGAUGCUCAGAACCUGAUCGGGAUCAGCAUUGGAGGAGGGGCCCAGUACUGUCCCUGCCUCUAUAUCGUCCAGGUAUUUGACAACACGCCGGCAGCCCUGGACGGCACUGUGGCAGCUGGCGAUGAGAUCACCGGUGUCAAUGGCAGGUCAAUCAAAGGAAAAACUAAGGUGGAGGUAGCAAAGAUGAUCCAGGAAGUGAAGGGCAAGAGUCCAGUCCUGUCCUUUCUCCCAUCCAGCCCUUCAGCCAGGGCACAGGGGGGAUUGGGCUCAGGCUCCGCUGUACAGAAGGGAGUGACAGGUUCCUUGGAGCCACGCGCUCCCCCUGGUCUGGUUCCGGGGCCUAACAUCACCUGUGGGGCCGAGGAGCUCAUCACGGCGAGUGUCCCUCCCUCACACCAGCUCCCUGGGCUGAGCCGGGCCAUCCUGUGCAAUGAUGGGCUUGUCAAGAGACUGGAGGAGCUGGAGCGGACGGCUGAGCUCUAUAAAGGGAUGACAGAGCACACCAAGACCCUCCUGCGGGCCUUCUAUGAGCUGUCGCAGACGCACCGGGCCUUUGGAGACGUGUUCUCUGUGAUUGGCGUGCGGGAGCCCCAGCCGGCUGCGAGCGAGGCUUUUGUGAAGUUUGCGGACGCCCACCGCAGCAUCGAGAAGUUUGGCAUCCGGCUGCUGAAAACCAUCAAGCCGAUGCUGACGGAUCUGAACACGUACCUCAACAAAGCCAUCCCAGACACCCGCCUCACCAUCAAGAAGUACCUGGACGUGAAGUUUGAGUACCUGUCAUAUUGCCUGAAGGUGAAGGAGAUGGACGACGAGGAAUACAGCUGCAUUGCCCUCGGGGAGCCCCUGUACCGGGUCAGCACAGGCAACUACGAAUACCGCCUGAUCCUGCGCUGCCGCCAGGAGGCCCGCGCCCGCUUCUCCCAGAUGCGCAAGGACGUGCUGGAGAAGAUGGAGCUGCUGGACCAGAAGCAUGUCCAGGACAUCGUGUUCCAGCUGCAGCGCUUCGUGUCCACCAUGUCCAAGUACUACAACGACUGCUACGCCGUGCUGCGUGACGCUGACGUCUUCCCCAUCGAGGUGGACCUGGCCCACACCACGCUGGCCUACGGCCCCGGCCAGGACGAGUUCACUGACGGGGAGGACGAGGAGGAAGACGACGAGGACACGGCAGCCAGGGAGCCGUCCAGGGAUGCGCGAGGGGCUGCCGGGCCCCUGGACAAGGGUGGGAGCUGGUGUGACUCCUGAGUGCGCCCGCUGUGGGGUGCGGAUUUGGGGGGUAGGGUGAGUGGGAGGACGAGAGCGUGGGAGCGGGGGCUGGGCCGCCACGCAACAGGGUGGCGCAUAAAGGCCUGCUGGCUUGGGGCGCCUGCCUCCCUGCUCCUCUGUCCUUGCACAGCGAACCUGGGCCCCCCAGGCCAGGCCACAGGCUGCGACCUCGGGCCUGGACACUGGGCCCCCCCUCCUUCCCAUCGCCCCAGCCAGGAGAGCUCGGUCUCUGGACCUGAUCCAGGAAGGCGAGAGGGCAGAAGGGAAGAGGGGUGGGCAGUGGCAGGCGGUCCAGGGCCCAUUCCUGUGGGCACCUCCGUUGGAGUGGGGGCUGGGGGUGGACAGCCGAGGCCGGGCCCAUGUCUCGAGCACACCUCGCCUCCCCAGGCUGGCCCAGCCCCGUCACACGCACACCUCGGCGGCCUUUAUUUAUUUUAUUCCCCAGCUCAGCCACUUCCCGGGGGAGGGCUGGGCGCUGGGCCUGUACUGAAUAAACAAAUCCAGAUGGAGCCAGGCUCUGCAGCGGCCUUAGA